UGGACUCUGCUUCCGCUUCUGCGUCCUCGUCGGAGGCGGAGGAGGAGCCCGGGCGCGCUCCGCCGCCGCGCAUGACCACGGUCUCGCGCCACUACUUCGGCGGCGCCUCUGCCGAGAGCGACCACGACCUCCGCGUCGACGUCGUCGAGAACAUAGAGGAGGAUUACGGGAUGUUCGUCUGGCCAUGCAGCGUCAUCCUCGCGGAAUACGUGUGGCAGCAGAGGCCGCGCUUCUCCCGCUCCAGAGUUGUCGAGCUUGGUGCGGGAACCUCGCUACCGGGUUUAGUAGCUGCAAAAGUUGGAGCAGAUGUUACGCUGACAGACAUUGCACAUAAUGCAGAAGUACUGGACAAUAUACGGCAAAUAUGCAGUCUCAAUAACGCCAACUGCACGGUAUUGGGACUUACUUGGGGAGAUUGGGAUGAACCUGUGUUUGAUUUGCACCCUGAUAUUAUUCUCGGAGCCGAUGUGCUUUAUGAUUCAGCAAAAUUUGACGAUCUCUUUGCGACGGUUACCUUCCUCCUGGAAAAUUCUCCUGGGGCAGUGUUCAUCACCACAUACCACAAUCGCAGUGGUCAUCACUUGAUUGAAUUUUUGAUGGUGAAGUGGGGUUUGAAAUGUUUGAAGCUUCUGGAUGGUUUCUCUUUCCUUCCCUCGUGCAAGGCUGAAUCACUACAGGGAAAUAUUCAGCUAGUGGAGAUCACACUUGAGAAGGAAAAACCAAAAUGAUCUUCAGGAUGGCUCUUUUUCUUCAUGUGUUCCAGCCUUACAGGAGUUACAAUUCAUUGGAUCUAUGGGCACCACCUUCCACUGCUACAUUUGGGGCGCUUGGGCUCCGCCGAAGGUGAAAUUCUUUGCUUGGCUUGCAACCCGUAAUAUGAUUUGGACGGCUGACAGACUCGCUAGGAGGGGUUGGCAAAAUUGUGGACUGUGUCCGCUUUGCCAGCGUGUGCAAGAAAAUGGAGCCCAUCUUUUCUACAAGUGUCGCUUCACCCUUAGGAUUUGGAACCUCAUCAAAAAUUGGCUUGGUCUCCAUAUGAUUGACAUGUCAACUUGGGACAAUUUGCACUCUCUCUCGCUUUGGUGGAGAAACAUGUCUGGAAGCAACAUCCCCAAUAGAAAGGCCAUGGCAUCCCUCACUAUGCUAGUUGGGUGGACCAUUUGGAAUGAGAGAAACGCUCGUAUAUUCAGGCACAAGUCAACACCUGCGCCGGUCAUCUUCGACACCAUCAAAAGAGAAGCUAGACUUUGGGUUACUGCGGGUGCACACAAAUUGGGUAGCAUAAUGCCGGGAGAGUAAUGGACCUCAUGUAAUAUGUGUGGUGUAACAAACAAACUCUAUUCUCCUUCUUAAUUAAUGGAUGAGGCAAAGCUUAUGCCUCCGUUUCAAAAAAAAAAAAAAGAG